AUUUUGAAUUUUUAUCAUUAAUUUUAUCAUUAUAGUUCAUAGAAUUAUUAGAAUUUAGUUAUUACCCGAACACCCGCCCGGAGGUACGUGAAGAUUCGUGGGUUGGAAAAUAUAAAAAUGCCGACUACCCGUUACACUCAUGCUGUGGUAAAUCGUUUACCACGGUCUCUGAAAGACCGACAACCGACUUUGGACUACGAUCGAGCGAAACGGCAACACGAAAACUACGUUCAAGCCCUGCGAGAUAUUGGUCUGGACGUGAUCGAAAUGCCAGCAGAUGAGGAUACACCGUGGUGUGCUUUUGUUGACGAUACAGCGUUUGUGUGCAACGGAACGGCGAUCAUCACAAAACCAGCAGAGCCCGAGAGAGCGAAAGAAGUUGAAGCAAUAAGAGCGGUGUUGAAGAAAGAAAUUGGAUUGCCUAUUGUUGAGGUUUCUGAUAAAUCUGCAAAAUUACACGGAAGCGAUAUAUUAUUUACAGGUCGAGAAUUCUUUAUUGGAAUAACAAAAUGGACUAAUGAAUCAGGAGCAUGUGCAGUUGCAUCUGCUUUUCCUGAAUAUCCUUGCACUCCAAUCAAGGUUACAGAAAAUAAACAUCUAAAAACAAUUGUGUCAAUGGCGGGACCAGAUCUGAUGUGUGUGGGGUCGAGUGAUUCUUCAAAAAAUGUUUUAAAGAGAUUAGAAAGAGAAGCUACAUAUAGCUACCAAAUUCUUACAUUACCUGAAGAUGAAGCUGCCAAUGUUAUGUACAUUAAUGGAACAUUAUUACAUCGGUCAGCCAAAGAAAUACCAUUAUCAUUCAGUGUUCUAAUGGAGAAAAUAACUGAUUUUACUCUACAAUCAGUAGAUAUUUCUGAACUUUUAAAAUGUGAAGGAGCCAACCUAAACUCAUGUUGCCUUUUAGUCAGACGUACAAAACAUAUUCGAAGCUUAUAGUUUGUUAUGUUAUGCAAUUCAUUCCAACACAUCAGUAUUAUAAACAACACUUCAACCAACAUAUUUAUAUACACACACAUUCACACACAUUGUGUUCUAAAUUAUAAUAUUUAAUAGUUAUUAGUAUGCCUUCAUAAUAGCUUAUAAGUUUUUAUGAAAAAUGUAAUGUGUACUAAGAUUCAAUCUUAACAUAGUAUAUAAAUUAAUUAAUUUGUUCCUUAUAAAAAUUUUAAAUCAUUGGAUCUGAUAUAAAUGGCUACUAAUUAGCAUAGGAUUUGUAUUAAUAUAAAUUUAAUAUUAAUUAACUGACAAUAUUAAAUAAUAUUAUAAUCCAAA